CCAAAAUAGUUGUUCUUAUACACAGGUUUUUACUGUAGUUCACACUGACAUUGUGCUGUAGGUUUUGUCUGUACCCGCAAGAGGUUGUUUUAAUGCUGAAAGAUACACAGAGAAUAAGAAAGCUUCAAGUCUUAGCACAUCAAUAUCUAAUACCCACCAAGAUUGAGAUAUUUGUAGGGAGAGUACCAGUUGGUCAGCCUGCUUCACUGUUGACUUGUAAAUAUAAACGACUAGGGUAUGUUGGUCUAUCAAACAAUGAGAAAACAGAGUUUAAGGCACGAGAGUUAAAAUCAAUCCACUUGGAUGCAGAAGGACAAUUUAUUAAAUUAUUAGUCCACAAAAACCAUGUGAAUCGUUAUAAUCUUUAUAAUCAGGUGAAUUUAGUUGCUGUUAAUGUGAUAGCAGACCCUCAUGACAAUAUGUAUGAUGAUCCGCUGGACCCAGAUCCUUUAAAAAAUGUUGAUAACAUUGUUCAAAGAUAUAUGAAACCAGACACAUAUGCCUCGAUGGAAGGAGACCCACUGUGGGGAAAGAUUAACAGACCUGACUUUAUCUCUCCUAUUGAUGACUUAGCAUUUGAUAUGUAUCAGGAUCCGGAGACUGCUGAUUUGAUUAGGAAACUUGAAUCCAAGAAGAAAGAAGCAGUUCAAAGUGAGCGAUAUGAAUAUGCCAAGAAACUAAAGUCAGUGAUAGCAGAUCUCUACAAAGUUGGUGAAAAACUAGGAAAAUACGAAGUAGAAAAGAAAAGAGCYGUUGAACAAGAAGACUAUGAUUUAGCACAGGAAAGAAAGAAACAAAGUGAUGARUUCAGGCUUUAUGUCUACAAACAACUCAACAUUAGCGAGCUUUUGGAGAUAAAUGGGAAAAAGUUCAUAGAGCAUUCUAAUUUAAAUAUUUCCUCCCCACUGCCGCCUAUACAAUCAGAACGAACCCCACCACCCCACCCCCCACAGCAGCAAGAAUCAAGGACGUCACCACCUUUAAAACCCGCCAAGAUUCACACGAGCCCAGAACCAAAGAAACCAGAACGUGUCUCUCCAAGAACACCAGUCGUAUGUARAAACGUUUUAUUAUCAAUAGAUCGAAAUAUCUAUAGACCAUAAGAAAAAGGGCGUGGCUAUCGUAACUCCUUAGUUUAUAAAGG